GAUCAUCAUAGCACAACCAAGAAGAGUUGUGAAUAUCCUUGAGAGAUAUGUGAGGUGUUGUUUUUUAGAGUUUUUAGUUAGAGCUUGUAUGUCUCUUCUUUCUAUUCUUGAAAGUAAUAGAAGUGUUUUUCUCUCAUAUUAGCAUGAUCCUGUUAUUCCCAACAAGUGGUAUCAGAGCCUGGUUGAGCUUUUGAUAUUUUUCCCAGAUUUUUUCAGAUAAAAUUCUACUGUCUGAAAAAUCGAGUUUUUCAGUAUUGCUCGGAAUUGCAAUCUGAAUAUACCGUUGGAUUCGCCUCGACGAGACGAGAAAACUGGUAUUUUUGGGGAAUUUUUUGGCCACCGGAAGCUGCCGUACGCGCCACCAAACGCCGGCCAAAAACUGCCUGCGUCAUCGCUGACGUCAUCACGCGCAUUCCAGAGGUAGAAGACAGCUGACGUCAUCGCUGACGUCAUCAGCCAGUCAGAGCUGCGUCAGCGACACGUCAGCGCCACAUGUGCAGUCCCAGCACAGUCAGCCGCCACGCCAUCAGACAACUGCCAUCUUUCACCUGCGUCCAGUCAGCUGCCACGCCACUGCCACGUCACCUGCCACGUCACCGGUCAGUUUUUAAAUUUUGAAAAAUUGCAGUUUGGUCCCUCAAUUUUUGAAAAAUUAUAAUUUCGGCCUAUAAUUUUUUGAAAAUUGUAUUUUGACCUCGAAAGUGCCUACCCACCAUUUUCGGCCGUUCUGGAUGCAACGGUGUUGCCCGUUUUUCGAAAUUAUGCGCUGAUUUUUCUGAAACAGAAAAUCAAAAUUAUUUAGAAGGUGAAAAUGACCUUUGACGAGUCAACUUCAUCUUCCGGAGCUAUGAUUAUGCUCACGGCUACCAACUACACGCUAUGGAAACCUCGGAUGGAAAAUUUUCUUAGCUGUAAAGACCUUUUUGAUCCAAUAGAGAUGAAAGGUAUUAAUCCUGACCCGGCUAAGUCAAUGGAGUGGAAGAAAAUUAAUAGAAAAACUAUUGGUCAAAUCCGACAAUGGAUUGACCAUAGUGUCUUCCACCAUGUUGCACAAGAAACCGAUGCUUAUGCCCUUUGGAAGAAGUUAGAAGAUAUGUAUCAGGCGAAGACAACUAGGAACAAGGCCUUACUGAUGAGGCAUCUUGUCAAUAUGAAGCUCAAAAGUGGAACUUCUGUUGCUGAACAUACUAGUCAAUUUCAGAGUCUGGCAAAUCAACUAUCUUGUGUAGAAAUGCCACUUGGAGAUGAAAUGCAAUCUCUACUACUUCUUAGUUCCCUUCCUGAUAGUUGGGAGACACUAGUUGUUACUCUCAGCAACUCAGCCCCAGACGGCAAACUUACCAUGUCUGUGGUUAAGGAUGCAUUGUUCAAUGAGGAGGCAAGAAGGAAAGACAUGAGCACAGAUGAGACUCAUGCCCUUGUGACGGAGAAUAGAGGAAGAUCACAAGGAAAACAACAAAGAAACAGUAGAGGGAAAUGGCAAAGCAGAGGCAAAAGUCGGGGGAUAUCAUCAGAUGGCCGGAAACCUUCUUAUACCUGCCACCAUUGCGGUAUAGAGGGUCACAUGAAGAAGAAUUGCUACAAAUUGCUAGAGGAGCGAGGCAAGAGAAAUUCUCAAGCGAAGAACAAGGGUGGUGAAGCGCUCAUCACAAUCUCAGGUGAUGUGGCGUAUUGUACUAUCAAUGAUGAAGCAUGCCUUCACGUCUCAAGAGAGGACACCGAAUGGGUGGUAGAUACUGCAGCAUUCUACCACGUUACUCCCCACAGGUACUACUUCACAACUUACAAAGCUGGAGACUUUGGAGCAGUGAAGAUGGGCAAUUCCAGUUCCUCUGGAAUAGCUGGAAUUGGUGAUGUACAAAUAAAGACAAGUACUGGGAGCACAAUCACUUUGAAGGAUGUCAGACAUGUUCCAGACCUUCGACUCAAUCUCCUGUCAGUGGUAUGUCUUGACGGGGUAUGAAAACCACUUUAACAGGAGCACCUGGAAAAUGUCAAAGGGUGUUUUGACAAUCGCUCGUGGACAUGUUUGUGGCACAUUGUACAAAACCCAUUUGAGGAUUUGUACGGAUAGCCUCAACAUUGCUGAGGAGACCUCUCAUAAUCUGUGGCACCUGAGACUCGGCCACAUCGGUGAGAAAGGGUUGAAUACCUUGAUGAAGAAGAAACUUAUCAACAUUGAUAAGAAUGCUGCACUGGGUCCUUGCAGUCAUUGUCUGUUUGGUAAGCAACAUAAAGUAUCAUUUAGUUCUACUUCAGCUAAAAGAUCGGAAUUGUUAAGUUUGGUACACUCCGACGUCUGCGGUCCUUUCGAGGUGGAAUCAAUCGGUGGAAGCAGAUAUUUUCUGACUUUUAUCGAUGAUGCUUCUCGGAAAGUGUGGGUGUAUUUCCUGAUUACGAAGGAUCAGGUGUUCGAGAGCUUCAAGACAUUUCACGUCUUGGUGGAACGUGAAACAGGAAAGAAGCUGAAAUGUAUCCGAUCUGAUAAUGGAGGCGAGUAUACUUCCAAGGCGUUCGAUGCAUAUUGUAGAGAAUCUCCAAUGCGAAAAUGUUAACGAUGCAGACAUGGCAUGACAGAUAACCAAUCAAAAAACAAUAAAUAAAAUAUCUCUCUCCUAUUUGAAGGAUCUUAUAUCAUUUUGGUAAGUUUUUCUUCACAAUGUAAAGCACAAUGUCUAGAUGUAGACAUUGUAGUUGACAUUGCAGAGAAAAACUUACCAAAAACACACAAGACCGUGGAAAGACGGAGAGAGAAAUGUCAUAAAAUCAAUCUUUUGUGUCUAUCUCUUUCAUACCACAUGUGCACCGUGCACAUUGUAGCGUUGCAGAUGCUCUAAGAGUGAGUAAACAAUUACUCUCACUGCUCCAAAAUAAAGGUUUUGAUUUGAAUCGGCACACUUAUUAAGGAAAUCUGAAGCUUCUUUUGGGAAGUACAAAGAAAAAUAACAACCUUAUUUUGGGACAGAGGGAGUACAAGUAUAUGAUAAUGGAACCUUCUUCAAAUCUCA